CAGGAUUCUAGUCAGUGUCAGUUGUUCAGAGUCAAAAGGCCAUACUACUCAGGAGUAGGAAGGGCAGCUUUCCAGGCCUUUCUAUUGGCUCCUUAAGGAAACACGUGAAGCCUUCUGAUUCUGGAGAGCCAAUCACGGCACUGUGGAUAGUGUUGAACACCUCAUGUUUGGUUCAAAUUCCUUCAUCCUCAGAGGCUCCACUGACAGAAAUGCCAGGCUCUGGACUACAGAGAGGAAAUUUGUGGGGACAUUCGGGCAGGAAAGGAGAUGGAACCUAAGAAAUCUAUCAACAUAUUCCCAUCACAAAAACCUAUAUAGUCGUCUCCAAGAGGAAAGGAAAGGAAACAAAAAGAAGAGGGCUUCAGCUAAGCAGCCAAUAUUCAAUGAUGGGCAGCUCUUCAAUACAGUCGAACCACUUGGAGAUACGGAGCAACAGAUUGCUGAGAAAGCAAAAUGUGAGAGUAGUGAAGAGAAUACAAAGAACAGCAAAACUGAGCCAAAGGACCAACCACAGGAGUCUCAGUUACCCAGGAUUGAGCAUCAACAAGCAGCUCCCAUUCAGACUCCUUCAGAGGAGAUGGCGCAAAGCUGGCCAAUGGCACCACAGCUAAGCAGCAUCCCAGCUCCAAGGAAGCAUGAGAGCAUUUUCAAACACAAUCUGGAAGAAGGACUCCUGAAAAGAAUAGCACAGAGAAAUGUCCGUCGGCGUGUAUUUGGAGAAAUUAAUACCAAAAAAGUCAACCAGUUUGGGACAGCCUGUUCAGCUUUUCAUGCACUAGCAACUACAGAGAUGCAGAAUUUAACCUUGCCCAGUGACUUGCCCAUGACUCCAAGGAUGAAGAGCAAGGGAAUCGUUUGCACCUCAGAGUCUGACUUAAAAUCUCUGCAGCUGAUAUUCCCAGAGCUGGAUGAAGAGUCUACAGAAGAGCCCAGGCCAACUGACAGGAAGAAACCACUGGACCAAACAAAAAAGCCCACACUCCCCCCGCUGGUUAAAUAUUCCAGAUCUCGACUCUCUGAAAACAAAAAGACUUCAGGCUUCCGUCUUCCAUCAGUUCCCACAGUACCUGCAUCUAUAUCACUCAAGUGGGGAAAGUACUAAUGCCAUCAAGAAAGCCUGUUUCCAUUAAACGGUGCCCAUUAAACAGUGCCCAACUAUUCUGGCCUUGGGUCCUGGGCAUGCACUAUGCACGUUUAGUCUCUUUGAAGCCGUGCACUUUUUUGAUACAUAAAUGUUCCAAGAAAAGAACUUUAUCUAUAGAUAUUGUAUCAAAAGAGAACAAACUUCUAAAUCAAAUAAAGCAAGAGCAUUGGGCCUCUUUCGUGGGCAGAACUCAAACCAUUUUAAUUCAUUGCAUAUCCCACCUGAACAAAAUGUGGAUGCUAAGUACACUUUUUAAUUUGAAAUGUGCUACAUGUGAAGGUUUCCAGGGAAGGAUACAAAUCUGAGGAGAACCAUCUUGGGAUUUUUUUUUUUUUUUAGGGGGAAAAUGAAUGUGCAUUCUAAUCAAUAGACAUUUUAUUUUCAUAUUAUAGACUUGGGAAAUAUUAAAUUCAGUUUAAACAUC